AUGAAGACGUCCACACUCUCCACCCUGCUGCUCGCCGGCCUCGCCGCGGCCGCCCCAACCGCCAAGCGCGCCGAGAAGCAAGCAGCGGCCAUCAUCGCGGCCAUCAUGCCCACGGCGGACAGCUGCGCGGGCGCCGACUUCCCGGACGAGUGCCGCACGGCCUCGCAGGCGGCGCCGCACCUGAUCGCCGCCAUGCAGGCCUACGGCGUCUACUCGCCGGGCGCCGUCUCCGCCGUGCUGGCCCUCGUCGGCUACGAGUCCGUCGACAUGAAGUACAAGCACAACGUCAGCCCCGGCCGCGAGGGCCAGGGCACCUCCAACAUGCAGAUGGCCGCCUUCAACAUCGAGUACGGCCAGAGCAUCCCCGCCAUCGGCGACAGGGCCGCCGCCGCCGGCGCCGCCGGCAUCCUGGCCCUCGUCACCGACGACAAGUACAACUUCGGCUCCGGCCCCUGGUUCCUCAGGAACAAGUGCGACGCCGACGUCCUGACGGGCCUGGCGGCCUUCACCGACGAGGCGUUUGCGGCCUACAUGGCCUGCGUGGGCGUCACGGUCGACGAGGGCCGCCAGGCGUACUGGGACCGGGCCAAGACUGCGUGGCAGUAA